CCCUCGGCCCUAUGCCAGUCAUAUCCAGUACGAUCUUUGGGCAAAAUCAUGCACAAUGUAUCUGGCGGUACGUUUUAGUGAGGCUCAUUUCAUCCAAAGCCCAGUAUGAAACUGCCCCUCUUGUUUGAACGAAUGUUGGUUUACUGCUGGAAACAGGGCUACACUGAGUCGUUCUGGGGUUCUCUCAUCAGGAGACUUAAGUAACUCUGGAAAAAACCGAACGUUGGAAAAUGUAAACAGACCAAAUAAAAACAAUAAGAACCUAUACAUUAUUGACCAAUUGAGGGCGGUACACUUCCACUGUGCAUGAUAUACAUCGAUACACGAUUUAUUUACGCGCCGGCAUAGUUAAAACGUCAAAACCCAGCUGCAAGUACAGCCUCGUGUUUGCCAAGCAAGUUUAAUAUGUGAACUCCUGGAGUCACAUUGCUGUCAAGUUUUUGCUCCCCAUCAGCUAUGACGGUGUCCAACACAAGUUGCCCACUUCUGACUUUUGUCGACUUGGAGCGGGCAUCGGCCCUCUUUGCUGCCUUCCGCUAAUGCCAAGGGAGAAAAAGCAGUCCAAGGCAAAAAAAUUCAGAGCUUCUUCGGACAGUGACCUGAUCAGCCAAACAGAGAGUGAGAAUUCUAAUACUAGUGAACCCUCUAGCCCCAGGAAGAAACACAAAAAGGCUUCUGCUAAGCAGGCACCUGCUAGUGGAAGCACCCUUGACCUUCCUCAGACACUCGUCCCACCCCAAUCCCACCACACCAGCCACAUCAGUGCCACCAAUCCCUUCGACGACAGCCCCAACCCUGCGCCACUUCCCCCCAACUACCCGGGCUUCAUGGCGCGCCGCAUGAUGAACCCCCGGGCCAUGCUGAACGCGGCACCCUACCCGGCCAUGAUGAACAGCGGCUACCCCCGAGCCAUGCCCCCCACAGGCGCCGGCUAUCCCCCCGGAGGGCCCCCCAAUGGCCCCGCCAUGCACCAGCCCCACCACUCGGCUAUGUACGGCAUGGGCGGCGGGCCACCUCCUCCAGGCCCGCCCAUGUUCUUCUGUGGGCUGUGCCGGAUGGAGAUUCACGAUGGGGAGGAGACCAUCAUGUGUGAGAGUGGCUGCAACCUGUGGUUCCAUCGCGUUUGCACAGGGCUCUCCGAGGCAGCCUACUCAUUCCUUACUAACGAACAGCUGGCUGAGUGGGCCUGCGACAGGUGCAUCCGAGAAAAGAAGAUCCCCUUGGUCAAAAUGAAACCACCACAGGUUAUGUUUUCUGCCAGCAAUUAGAGAGUGUCUGUAUUUAAUGUUCUGAUUAGGGCCCAGGUUUAUCAAUAAGAUGUGAUCAGGUCAGGAAAAGAUAA